AUGUCUGCUCUAGCCCAUGACCUGACCAUGCUGCGUAGCACCGGUGUCAGGGGCGUUGUCACGUCAUUCUUCAUUAUCACUCUCACCGCCGGCGUAUUCGGGUUCCUGCUGAUGCCGCCUGGGCCAUGCCAGACAGCUAGCUGGUUCCGAGGCAAAAAAGAUUCCCUUUUGGCCCCUCAGAACCCAGCUGACGUGCCAUCCUUUCCCAACCUCUCCCGGUUUGUAGCCCAUCCCAUUCAAGUCGGCUGGAACUCGCGUAAUUCAAACACAGUCCGCUCCCGCACCGUUUCGGCAGCAUGCUAUAACAUGUUCGUCCAAGCCAGCGGCAUCAUAUCCUCCAACAUCUACCGCCAGGCACCCCUUUACCGCCGGGGCAACAGAUACCUCCUCGCCAUCGCCAUUGGCGACAUAGCACUCUAUGUCCUCGUCAAAGCCUACUACGUUGCGCGGAACCACUCGCGGGAUCGCAAAUGGGACGCCAUGACCGAGGACGAGAGGCUCAAGUACCUUCAAUGCUACCACGACGGACGAGGGGAACAAGAGGCUUGAUUUCCGCUUCUCGCACUGAAACAAUGGAGCAAUGGGACAAUGGUCGUAACAUCUGCGAGUAUGGAUACAUCAUUCGUAUCCUCUCACUUCCCACUCCACCCUAGAAGAUGAAUCUCAUUCAAGCCCUCAGCCUAAUAUGCACGAACGAAGAUGGGUAUACCGUAUACAUGGAAUGUUUCCUUCUCCCACAUAAGAGUCGUGUGGUCACGUUCUCGUUCUACUUCUGCAUUAAUACGCAGCGGUACUCAUAGUUAUUAUAGCAUCAUCAUGGUAUACGACAUAGAUAUCUACCCU